CCGCGCGGCGAGCGGCACGCGCGGACUCCCGCCCCCUCGUGCAAAGCUCGAUCGCGCCGGGGCGCCUCGGCUCGUGAGCAGAGCACGGCGGCUUUCGCCUCGUCCGUGUUUCGGUGGAGGGGUCGGGGUCGAGCUCUCGCUGCUCUCGCUCCUCGGUCGGGAUGCUGGAGGGCGGCGGCGGCGGCGGCGGCGCGGUGCUCAAAGAGGGACUCGUGGAGAAGCGCAGCGACGGCUUGUUCCAGCUGUGGAAGAAGAAGCGCUGCGUGCUCACGGAGGACGGGCUCCAGCUCCAUCACCCCAAGAAGUGCCAGCAGCACCGCUACCCGCAGCCGACGCACGGUCCCGCUCCUCCUGCGCGCUCCCGCCAGCGCGUCCCCGAGCCCGGCAAGAUCAAAGAGCUGCCCUUCUCCAGCAUCAAGACGGUGGACUGCGUGGAGAGGAAGGACAAGUACGUGUACUUCACCGUGGUCACCACGGAGGGCAAGGAGAUCGACUUCCGGUGUGCGCAGGACGAGGGCUGGAACGCGGAGAUCACGGUGCGGAUGGUGCAGUACAAGAACAAGCAAGCGAUCCUGGCCGUCAAGUCCACGCGGCAGAAGCAGCAGCAGCUCCUCGUGGUGCCGCAGAAGGCGGCGUGAGCGGCACGGUUUUACUGGGACUCUCAGUGGAGGAAACGCUAACAAAGAGGACCUUGAAUUUCCCCGGGAACGACACAUCUCCAACAAAGGCUCCAUUUUUCUCUAGUCCUGCAAAUGGAACACACACACACACACACACACACAAAAUGAUGGGAACACUUCAAGCAUGAGAGUAAGCUGCUGUAUCGAUCAAUCAUUAUCCUUUGUUUUAUUUAUUAGCCCUAUAUAAUUAUAUCAUGUUUCAGGUUUACAAAUGUGAUUUUGUUGCUGAAUAAUCAAAAUAAAUAUAUGACGCAUACGAUAUAAAUGUUCUUAAAUUGCCCACUAAAUUAAUUCAACGUUAUGAGGUUUAUUUAACCAGGUGUCCUGGGAUCUAAUUUCUGUCAAGAAUCUUCUGCCUGCAAACAGUGACAUUGAUUGAUCUCUGGUGCUGAACCAGAAACGUGAUUGGAAAAGUGUAGGCUAAUCGAAUAUUACCGUAUUUAUUCGAAUGUAACUCGCCCUUGCGUAUAUCUCGCAGCCAUAAUUUUUGCUUUAUGAAUAAAGAAAUUGAAAAGUUGCGCAUUAUAUCUCGCACGUGGAAAAAAAGUUUAAAACGUUAAGAAACGGAUAAUCAAUGUUACGGCAGUUUCAGAUAUUUUGGAAUUCGGUUAAAGAGGAUCAACAGUGGUCACUUUGCCUUUGUUGUUGAGUCGUGGGAUCUUUUUUUUUUUUUUUUAAAUAGCGCACCAAUCGUAUGCGUAGCGGCCUACUAUCGUUGUCCGUUUCGCCUCCUUUUCAGAUCACUUUUUGUAAGUUGUUCGUGAAGCAUUGCGUGUGACGUAUCUCGGGUCUUGUAAGUUACCCGUAAUUUUUGCUCGAAGGACGGAGGAACGUUCAAGUUACGGUGCUGCUUUUAAGAUCAAAGUAAUUGCCGCGUUUUUCUCCGAAAUCAAUCCAGCGCAAGGCCUGAGUUUAUUGCAUCGACUGAGUUUAAUGUGCCAUGUUGGCCUAAACAGAAACUUGCGUUACAAAAACACCAAUAAGUCAAGAAAAGCAUUCCCUGGACCUAAAUGUGGAAUACUGAGGAUUUAAUUAUAAACGUCUUUUCGAUUUUUUUUUUUUUAAUCGAAAAACUCCAGUUUCCGAAAAUUCCCGCACGUAUCUCGCAGCACGAUUUUUUUAGCUUGAAUU